AGGCCGCGAUGGACUGCUGAACUCCGGGACCCGCGCGCCCGUCGGUGCGCCGCCAAGGGUGAAGUAGAGAAAUAAAGUCUCCCCGCUGAACUACUAUGAGGUCAGAAGCCUUGCUGCUCUAUUUCACACUGCUACACUGUGCUGGGGCUGGCUUCCCAGAAGAUUCUGAGCCAAUCAGUAUUUCGCAUGGCAACUAUACAAAACAGUAUCCGGUGUUUGUGGGCCACAAGCCAGGACGGAACACCACACAGAGGCACCGACUGGACAUCCAGAUGAUUCUGAUCAUGAACAGAACCCUCUACGUUGCUGCUAGGGACCAUAUUUAUACUGUUGAUAUAGACACAUCACACACAGAAGAAAUUUAUUGUAGCAAAAAACUGACAUGGAAAUCUAGACAGGCUGAUGUAGACACAUGCAGAAUGAAGGGAAAACAUAAGGACGAAUGUCACAAUUUUAUUAAAGUUCUUCUAAAGAAAAACGAUGAGACGUUGUUUGUCUGUGGAACGAAUGCCUUCAACCCUUCCUGCAGAAACUAUAAGAUGGAUACUUUGGAACCUUUGGGGGAUGAAUUUAGUGGAAUGGCUAGAUGCCCUUAUGAUGCCAAACAUGCCAACGUUGCACUCUUUGCAGAUGGAAAACUCUACUCGGCCACGGUGACUGAUUUCCUUGCUAUUGAUGCAGUCAUUUAUCGGAGUCUUGGGGACAGCCCAACUCUACGAACCGUCAAGCAUGAUUCAAAAUGGUUGAAAGAACCACACUUUGUCCAAGCAGUGGAUUAUGGAGAUUAUAUCUACUUCUUCUUCAGGGAAAUAGCUGUGGAAUACAACACAAUGGGAAAGGUAGUUUUCCCAAGGGUCGCUCAGGUGUGCAAGAAUGACAUGGGAGGGUCGCAGCGAGUGCUAGAGAAACAGUGGACCUCUUUCUUGAAGGCUCGGCUCAACUGCUCUGUGCCUGGAGACUCUCAUUUUUAUUUCAACAUCCUUCAGGCAGUCACAGAUGUGAUUCGUAUCCACGGUCGUGAUGUCGUCCUGGCAACCUUUUCCACACCCUAUAACAGCAUCCCUGGCUCUGCCGUCUGUGCCUAUGACAUGCUUGAUAUUGCCAGUGUUUUCACCGGGAGGUUCAAAGAACAGAAGUCUCCAGAUUCUACCUGGACCCCGGUUCCUGACGAGCGUGUGCCUAAACCCAGGCCAGGGUGCUGUGCGGGCUCAUCCUCUUUAGAAAAAUACAUGACUUCCAAUGAGUUUCCGGAUGACACCUUAAACUUCAUCAAGACACAUCCGCUUAUGGAUGAGGCUGUGCCUUCCAUCGUCAACAAGCCAUGGUUCCUGAGGACCAUGGUGAGAUACCGCCUGACCAAAAUUGCAGUGGACACGGCCGCUGGGCCCUUUCAGAAUCACACUGUGGUUUUCCUGGGAUCAGAGAAGGGAAUCAUCCUCAAGUUCUUGGCCAGGAUAGGAAGCAGUGGUUUUCUCAAUGACAGCCUUUUCCUGGAAGAGAUGAGUGUUUACAACCCUGAAAAGUGCAGCUACGAUGGAGUAGAAGACAAGAGAAUUAUGGGCAUGCAGCUGGACAGAGUGAGCAGCGCUCUGUAUGUUGCAUUCUCCACCUGCGUGAUCAAGGUUCCCCUUAGCCGCUGUGAAAGACACGGGAGGUGUAAAAAAACCUGUAUUGCCUCCAGAGACCCUUACUGUGGGUGGGUAAAAGAAGGAGGUUCCUGUGCCCAUCUGUCACCCAGCAGCAGGUAA